AUAAGGUUGCACAAAAAGUUUGACAAUUGUAACGAAGGUUACUCGUAUGAUUUUCAACCUUGCACACCGCGUCCUUGUGUAGACGUAAGAUUGAAAAUUGUAGGAAAUUCUGGCAAAUAACUAUUGAGGAAGCAAAAUGUCCACUGAGGUGAAGGCAUUACUGAAGGAGGCUCGUGAGUCCUUCAAGCAACACGAAUACAUGGAAACAAUAAAAAAAUGCAGGAAGAUUGUGAAGAGUGCUAAAACCAAUUAUCCAGCAUUGGUUCUGUUAGCUGCUGCCAUGCAGGAGAUGGAAGAAUUCAAGCCGCAGGUAAUGAUGGUUCUACAGAAAGCUGUAAAGCUCCAGCCAACCAAUCCAGUGGCUUGGCAAGGUUUAGUAGCACACUAUGAGAAAGCACCAGUGGAUGAUGACAAUUGGAAAAUGUUGGCUCAAGCUUACUGCAAGCUUGUGCAAUUGGACAGCGAUUCUCCUAAGUUCAUGCAUUUUUUAAACAAAGUCACCGAAAUGGUUCUGAAGUACAAAGAUGAUGAAGUAUUGUCCGAGGUGCUCGACACAUUGAGUAGAAUACGACAGGUACCUAUCGAUGACAAGACAAGUUUGGUCAACAAGACUCUGGCACAUAUCUUAACAGAGUAUCCCAAUACUCUAUGCAAAUAUCAGGGGCUUUACGAGAGUGUACUGUCGUCUGUAAUAAGAGAUACAGAUCUGGUGAACAGAUACGACUAUUAUAAGAAGUAUCUCAAGAUGUUAUACGACGGAUACAAGUUUACAGUUUUAUUGGCAGAAGCCAAGGAUAUGCAUACCCAGUUUCCACAGGACAGUCUCCCUCUGGAAUGGAUAUGCCGUGUGUAUUACGAAGAGACUGUGCUGAAUGAGCGCGAGCUUGAAAUAGACAUAACUUAUUUCUGCGAGUCCCUCUUAAAAUUGAACAUGAGCUCGACGAUAGCCCUGAUCGCAAAAGCGACGUAUCUGAUGCGCACGGACAGCCUGAUUAACUGUCGCGAGUGCCUGAAUCAGGCGAUCUUGCUGAAUGCUCAGUCGUUCGACGCUUGGUUCUUGUUGAACAAGGUGUACCGCAAGCUCUAUUGCUGGCAGGAGGUCGAGGAAGCCUCCAGGCAAACGCUACGUUUGCUGAGGCCUCCCCUGAAGGACAAGCUGCGUCACAAAAUUAAAUUGACGUUACUCGAGGCGAUGAGUAGAAGCUGUGACAGACGGAAGUUGUUGGAGACGCGACAGAUGUGCAACGAGUUGUUGAAGAACAACUUCUCGGCGCAACUGCGACUGAUAAACGCCCGGAUAGACGUGACAUUGGACGAGCCCAGCGUUAUGGACGCGUUGAACGAUUUGGAGUCCCAGGACGAGAUCAAGCUCCAGGUUCUCAUCGUCAAGGCGACGCUUCUGAAAAAACUCGGGCACCUCGAAGAAGCCACCAACGUCUUGGAACAGGCUCUGGAAAGUUCCGAUGCCUGGCUAUUGUUUGGUCAAAUAUAUUGGGACAUGGGUGAUUAUAAUCACAGCCUGGUGGCUUUCUUGAACGGCGUCAAGGCGGACCGCCAUAACUGGCGGUGCAUGAUCCAUCUGGGACGUUAUUAUCGCGAAUGCGCCAACGACGUGGAACGCUCGAGGAGGUGUUACCAGACGGCAUUGCAGAUCAACCCGAGCUCCGAGGAGGCCGGGAUCGGGCUGAGCACCGCUUAUCGGCUGCUCAAGAACACUGACGCUAACAUACAGCUGCUGCAGAGAGUGACCAUGCAGGGGAACGGCCCGAAGUGGGCCUGGCUUCAGUUGGGCCUGCAACACCUGGACGACGGUGAUGCGGGGGAAGCCAUAAAAGCGUUGCAGCAUGUCAUCAGAGCCGAUCCCAACGACAAUCACAGCUGGGAAUCUCUGGCGGACGCGUAUCUGGUGCGGGGCGCCCACAUGUCCGCGCUGAAGUCGUACCAGCGCGCGUUACAACUCAGCCCGGGCUCUCUGUAUCCCAUGAUACAACUUGCUAACAUCAAGCUGUUAAUCGGCCAACACGAGGAAGCUAAAGCGGAUUUCGAAAAUAUACUGCAGAACGACGAGCAAUACGUGCUGGCGUUAAAAGGUUUAGGUCAGGCGUGUUUAGGUCUGGCAAGGGAGAACACGGCGAAGCAAUUUCUUAGCCGAGCGCGAGAAAAUCUGCAACAAGCGGUGGACAGUCUGACGAGUGCUGUUAUGAUACGCAGCGAUUUGUCCUGCAACUGGAAAUUGCUCGGUGACGUGUGUUACAGGAUUGCCGCUAUGCCGGGGAAGCAUUGCUACUUGAGGGUGAAGCCCAUCUUAAUCAGAUCCGACAGUGCCGAGAAGCAUAUCAAAAUCAAGGGAGAGGAAACGCUCAAGUUGUCCAUUAGAUGCUUCUGCCGGGCGCUGUCGCUCGCACAAAAUUCCGCUCUGCUGUGGCACGAUUUGGCGUGCUGUUACUCGAUGCAACUACGACGCAACUCGACGAUCAACAAAAGCGACGUGGCGGCCAGGUGUUUCGCUGCCGCGAAGCAGGCGGUUAAGCUCUGUCCUCAGUCGUGGCUGCAUUGGAACAUUCUAGGCGUCAUAUGCAUGUCGCUGAACGUGAGAAACUACGCUUUAGCUCAACACUGCUUCGUCAUGGCGACCGACAGAGAGCCGAACAACGCGAUAGCUUGGAGCAAUUUGGGAACGUUGUACUUGCAUCUAGGAGACAUGUACAGAGCGAACGAAGCGUACUCCCGAGCGCAACGCGCGGAUCCGUGUUACAUGAACAGCUGGAUCGGUCAGGGAUUGAUCGCGCAGAGGUUCGCGAAGAAGGAAGCGAUGGAGCUGUUCCAACACUCGACGAAGCUUGGCUACCACGACGAGGCGGUCCUCGGCUAUGUUCACUGGGUGCUUCACGUCCUCCUGGAUCCCACGCUGAACAAAGAGCCGUCCUCCGUCUAUUUCAUCGAGAAUAUGCACGCGAUAUCCGCGGCGACGGACGUUCUCACCUGGUACUUAGAACGCGAGCCCGACGACGUUUACGCCCUGAACACCCACGGCCUGCUGCUGGAACGGCAAAAGUUGCACAAAUCGGCGGCCGAUCGAUUCGCCGCCGCUCUGAAGCUCGUCGAAGCUCUCGACGAGAAGCUGGAUAUGAUAAACGUUAACCUGGCGCGCGUCCUGAUCCAGCUGGGACAGCACGACGAGGCGGUGCGCUUGUGCGGACAGGUGAAACGCGACAGUUUCAAUUCCCAGUGCCAGUUGGCGUUGUCCUUGUUCAAAGCCGAGCAGUACGAGAAGUCCUACGAGAGUUACGAAACGGCUCUGCACUGGUUGGCGGACACCGACAUGGACACAGCUUACGUCCUGUGCGCGAUGGGCGCGAUAGCGUACAUCUGUAACAAACCAGACGCGGUGAAGACACUGCUAUUCCAGUGUCUGCAAACGUCGCAGCCCGUGAUGACCGCUUAUCUGGCGCUGGCGGCCUUGGGGAUUCUACACGACGACUUCGACCUGACCAGCCUGGUGCUGAAGGAGCUGAAGUUGUACGAGGAUCAUUCCGAGUACGGUCACCACGCCGUCACGUUGGCCGCGUAUUACCACGUCUCUCAGCGCAACAUCACCGAAGCUAUACGAGUGUUGGCCAAAGGCAUUCACAAAUAUCCCAAUGACGUUCGAUACUGGGUACGUCUCGUUCGGAUUCUGCUGCUGGAUACGAACCUGAGUAAGUUCCGCAAGUGCGCGGGGAAGGCCCUGAGUCUGAGCAGAAACACCUCCACGACCGACAUUGUGUACGUCGCUUGUGCAUCGGCGUACAGCCACCUCGGCACGAAGGAAGCUCUCAGACAGGCUCAGAAGAACGUAUUCACGUAUCCCGCCAAUGUCGAGAGCUGGGCGAGUUUAAUCGCCGUUCUUCUACACAGGCGUGUAGAUGAGGACUGUGAAAUUGACAACCGAUGGUUGUCGUCGUUAAUAUCCAUAACGGAGGCGCAGUUCCAAACUUCCGAACAUAUGUCGCGAUGGCUCGCAAAAGCGAAGGAGAUGAGCAGCGAUUCCUGAAUUCAAGCGGAAUUACAACCCGUGACUCGAGUUGACUUAUCAUGAUUUUAUUAUCUCCCGAUGUUCUUCUACAUUCUAAGUUUGAUUGAUAAUAAAUCACAUAUUUU